GAACGAAGCUGCCCCGCAAAAGAACUUCCCAUCUUCUCCACUCUCUAUCCCCCUCUUCUUUUAAAAACCUCUUUCCUCUCUUCAAAAUCUCACCGCGGCCUCCGGUCGGUAACCUCAGCCUUACGAUCACCGGGUCGGUGACCAGAACCUAUGUCUAUCACUAUAAAUACGACGGCCUCAUCCUUUUAGUUGAGCCGUAGAUCGAGCUACUAUUUUCUCUGUUUUUUUUAAUCUACUUCUCGAGAGAAGCUUCUAGAAUCAAGGUUUUGCAAUCUCCGAUGGCGCCAUUGCUAGGGUUUUGAGACCGAAUCCAAUUUCAGAUGAAGAUCCAGCCGAUCGAUUCGAGAUCGUCGAUCAAGAGCGAUCCGGCGAAGCCCGGGACGAGAUCAAGACUGAAGAGGCUCUUCGAGCGGCAGUUCCCGAAGCUCGCCGGCGAUGGGAAGGAGAAGGGCAAGGAGAAAGACGACGGCGGCGAUCUUGAACCGAGCUCUGUUUGCCUCGACAAGCUCGUCGUGAGUUUCAUGGAGGAUGGCAAUGAGAAGUCGGUGAAGUGCGGCCGAAGGCGCUGCACCUGCUUCAAUGGAAACUGCGAUGACAGCUCCGACGAUGAAUUCGCCGGCGAUUCCCCUCCGAUUGCCGCCGCUGGAUCCGGGGACCCGCUGGAGAUCAUUAACGGUUUAGUUCCGUGCGAGAGCCUAACGGAGCGCAAUCUGUUGGCGGACACAUCAAAGAUCGUGGAAACUAAUAAAACCAAGAUCGGAAAGGGUAAAGAUGAUUGCAUCAAGCUCGUAACUGAAAAAUUACAGUCUUUAGGUUAUGAUGCCUCCAUCUGCAAGUCUAAAUGGGAUAAAACCCCUUCGAUUCCAGCUGGAGAAUACGAGUACAUUGAUGUGAUGAUCGAUGGCGAUCGCUUCAUUCUCGACGUCGAUUUCAGAUCGGAGUUCGAGAUCGCGCGAUCGACGAAAAGCUAUCGCGCCCUGCUCCAGUCUUUGCCUUUGGUCUUCGUCGGCAAGCCCGACCGCGUUCAGAAGAUCGUGACUGUUGUUUCCGAGGCAGCGAGGCUGAGUCUCAAGAAGAAGGGGCUCCAUUUCCCGCCAUGGCGGAAGCUUGAGUACCAUGAAGGCCAAAAUUGGCUCGCUCGCCUACAGAGGAUGGCGGAGCCUAAAUCUCCGUCACCGGGCCCCUACUGCGAUCUCAGCCGUUAA